UCGUGCAGGAAGAGCUGGACGCCCUCCUGGAACAGCAAAGCACUAUAGAGAACAAGAUGGUUGCGGUGCAUCGCAUGGGCCCGAAUUUGCAGCUUAUCGAGGGGGAUGCCCAGCAGUUGGCAGGGAUGAUCACCUUCACCUGUAACCUGGCUGAGAAUGUCAGCAGUAAAGUCCGCCAGCUUGACCUUGCCAAGAAUCGACUCUAUCAGGCCAUUCAGAGAGCUGAUGACAUCCUUGACCUGAAGUUCUGCAUGGAUGGAGUUCAAACAGCCCUGCGAAAUGAAGAUUACGAGCAAGCAGCAGCUCAUAUCCAUCGCUAUCUGUCUCUGGACAAAUCAGUGAUUGAGCUCAGUCGUCAGGGCAAGGAAGGGGGCAUAAUUGAUGCCAACCUGAAGCUCCUGCAGGAAGCAGAGCAGCGCCUGAAGACAAUUGUCACAGAGAAAUUUGACACAGCUAUGAAGCAGGGAGACUUGCCCCAGGUGGAACGGUUCUUCAAGAUCUUUCCUCUGCUAGGCUUACAUGAAGAGGGGCUGAGCAAGUUCUCGGAGUACCUCUGCAAGCAGGUGGCCAACAAAGCAGAAGACAACUUGCAGCUGGUGAUGGGGACAGACAUGAGUGACCGGCGAGCUGCUGUCAUCUUUGCGGACACCCUGACACUCCUCUUCGAAGGGAUUGCUCGCGUUGUGGAGACCCACCAGCCCAUUGUGGAGACCUACUAUGGGCCAGGGAGGCUGUACACUCUCAUCAAGCACCUGCAAGUGGAGUGCGACCGGCAGGUGGAGAAAGUAGUGGACAAGUUCGUCAAAGAGAGGGACUAUCACAGGCAGUUCCAGCAAGUUCAGAAUAGCAUGAUGAGAAGUUCUUCUGCAGAGAAGAUCGAACCAAGGGAACUUGACCCUAUUUUAACGGAAGUCACCCUGAUGAAUGCCCGCAGUGAGCUCUACUUGAGGUUCAUCAAGCGACGAAUAAUAUCUGAUUUUGAGGUGGGAGACUCGAUGGCUUCAGAGGAGGUAAAGCAAGAGCAUCAGAAAUACCUCGACAAGCUGCUUAACAACUGUCUACUGAGCCGCACCAUGCAAGAGCUCAUUGGCUACUACAUCACCAUGGAGGAAUACUUCAUGAGGGAGACUGUCAACAAGGCUGUUGCCAUGGACAGCUACGAGAAGGGCCAGCUCACCUCCAGCAUGGUGGAUGAUGUGUUUUACAUAGUGAAGAAGUGCAUUGGGCGUGCUCUGUCCAGCUCCAGCAUAGACUGUCUCUGUGCCAUGAUCAACCACUCCACCACCGAGCUGGAGUCUGACUUCAGGGAGGUUCUAUACAACAAGCUGAAGCAGGGCUUUCCAGCCACGACCUUCCAGGACUUCCAGAGAGGGGUGACCAGUGCCGUGAACAUCAUGCACAGCACCCUGCAGCAGGGCAAGUUUGAUACCAAAGGCAUUGAAAGCACCGACGAGGCCAAGCAGUCCUUUCUGGUGACCUUAAACAACGUGGAAGUCUGCAGCGAAAACAUCAUGACCCUAAAGAAGACUUUGGAGAGCGACUGCGGCAAACUGCUUAGCCAAGGCUUCGGGGGGGAGCAAGCGCAGGCCAAGAUUGACAGCUGCUCCGACACCGGCUGGCUGGUGUCUGCAGGGAGAUCACUCCUCUCCUCGUUCUGUCCCCCUCAGGAAGGUCUCAACGAGCUGAACAGCACAGCCAUCAAACCCCAGGUGAAGCCCUGGAUCAACCUGUUCCUCUCCGUCUCGCACAACAUCGAGGAGGAAGAGUUCAGCGACUAUGAAGCUAAUGACCCCUGGGUCCAGCAGUUCAUCGUCAACCUGGAACAGCAGAUGACAGAGUUCAAGGCUGGGCUGUCUCCAGUGAUUUACGACACCCUCACUGGUCUCAUGACCAGUCUCAUAGCCAUCGAACUGGAGAAAGUGCUGCUCAAAUCCACCUUCAGCAGGCUCGGCGGCCUGCAGUUUGACAAAGAGCUGAGGUCUCUCAUAGCCUACCUCACCACAGUCACCACCUGGACCAUCCGCGACAAGUUUGCCCGUCUUUCCCAGAUGGCCACCAUCCUCAACCUGGAAAGGGUGACGGAGAUCCUGGAUUACUGGGGCCCAAACUCGGGCCCGCUCACCUGGCGCCUUACCCCCGCCGAGGUCCGGCAGGUGCUGGCUCUGCGAAUCGACUUCCGCAGCGAGGAUAUCAAGCGGCUGCGCCUGUAG